AUGAGACAGCAAGUUUCUGCAGCGCUUUCCCUUAUUCUUCUUGGCUUCGGUCAAAUCGGUUCGGCCUUGACCACUCGUCAGGAAUCGACCUUCACCAACCCAGUGAUAUGGGCCGACCUCGCAGACGAUGAAGUCUUCAGGAUCGAUGACACAUUCUACUACAUUCGUCUCGCACUCGGUGCCAAGUUCUCGCUCAACGGCAGCGAUCACGCAGCCUACGUCAACGGGGUCUGGGCCUCUUCGCUGGGAUACCGCGAAAGUAACGGUGUUUUUUACUGGUAUGGCUGCAUCCAAGGCACGGAUGAGACGCAUAUCUACACUGCCUCCAGUGCCGAGGGCCCGUGGACUCAUCAUGACCCCAUUCCGAAGUGUUACUAUGACCUGGGCCUGUUGGUUGAUACCGACGACACCAUGUACAUCGCCUACGGCGCCAUCGACAUCCGCCUUGCGCAGUUGUCGCCAGAUGGCUUCACAGAGGUUCGCGACGAGGUUGUGUACACUGAAGAUGCCCACAGGUACAUUGAGGGCUCGAGAUUCUACCACAUCAACGGCAACUACUACAUCUGGGUUACCAAGCCCGGAGACGAGCAACAUGUUCUGAAAUCGACAUCUGGUCCCUGGGGUCCAUAUGAAGCCCGACAGGUGGUUGCGCAGAUGAAGGCUCCUGUCGAGGGAGCAGGAGCACCGCAUCAAGGCGGCCUUGUGUCGACCCAGGAUGGAAAGUGGUAUUACAUGGCCUUUAUCGACGUCUACCCCGGUGGCCGUGCCCCCGUUCUAGCCCCAGUCGAAUUCGAUGCCGAAGGUUGGCCGAACGUGGUCACAGAUGCAAACGGUGCGUGGGGUGCCGAGUACGCCAUGCCCGUCACAACCUCAAAGACAGUCCAGGGCACUGGGUCUUAUGUCGACAAGUUCGAUGGCGUCGCCUUAAACCCCCGUUGGGAGUGGAAUCAUAACCCCGAUAACAGUGCCUGGAGCUUGGGAUACGACGGUUUCACCCUGCGAACUGCAACGGUAUGCGAGGGGCUGUACGGAGCCGCAAACACCCUUACUCAACGCAUCAUCGGCCCCAGAAGCCAGGCUACGUUCCAUCUCGAUAUCUCUGGGAUGGUGGAUGGAGACCAGGCAGGUGUAGCAGCACUGCGUCAACUGAGCGCUUAUAUCGGGAUACACAAGGUGGAUGGCGUGUCCAAGCUUGUGUAUGUUGACGAGAUCAGCAUGGCCGUGCGGGACUCGUUGACAACUUCGAAUGGACAGGUCAAAGCGGAAGGACCUACUGUAGCUGGCAGCGAUUUGUGGCUUCGCAUCAAGGCCGACAUUGCACCACCUGUAGCCGGAUCGGGUGCGUGGCCCAACGCUACGUUCUGGUUCAGCACCGAUGGUGACAACUUUGAACAGCUCGGACCUGUGUAUGGACUGAACAAUGAGUGGUUCUUCUUCAUGGGGUAUCGAUUUAGCGUCUUCAAUUGGGCCAAGACUCGUUUGGGUGGCAGCAUCCUGGUUCGGGAGUUCGAGUUGGAGAUGCUGGAGUAGAAAAAAGCCGAUCUCUUAUCUGUCGUUCUGAGAGGGGUAUCCAAGAACACCUAGCUUGGCCGCUUCUGGGGCUCUUGACUUCUACACCUGACAAGAUCGAUUGCGAAG